ACCAACAAUCUUGCAAGGUAGCUAAAAACUAAGUUUUAUAAAACGAAUCAACAGUGAAGGGCUAAGAAGGUUGCAAGUUACUCAAAAUUCAACCUGAAAUUUUCUCAAAAAAGCUAAUGUUAUUUUAAAGUGAAAUAAGUUACCAAUUGUUGCAUAAUACGAGCAUAUCAGUGCCAAAACACAAAGUUUGUGAAAAUACUCGUAACAAGUGUAAAAGUGUUAAAGUUGUGCAUGAUACAGUAAGGUUCCAUGGUGAAGAUGCUCCAAUCGUACCAAUUUACCUUUUCACUUUCAACAUGGUUUUUCUUCAUUGCGGUUUUUACUGCAUCUCACCUUCACUCCAGGCAUGCAGGUAACCUUGCACUGGGACAGUACGUUGAAUUUUUCUCGGACUACAAGAAUAACCACCGUGAAGAUAAGAUAAAUUAUUCCUUCCGUUAUUAUGUGGAUCACCCGCCCUCCGGAGUAACGUUCGAUCAUUGGGAAGGUCGAAGAGGAACACAAGUAAGCGGACAGUAUGGAUUGGUGGAGCCUGGGGGGUAUAUUCGAAGUGUCCGGUACGAGGUCGAUGGGGACAAUGGCUUCAAGACAGCAGUUAGAACAAGAACUCCAGCUAGCAAAACACAUCAAAUCUUUAAGAUGCUAAGGUCACAACCCGCUGUACCAUUCAGACAUAAAAGCCCUGUUGCAUUUAUUCAAUGAGUGAGUCAUAGUCGUGUGAAAAUUGUGCAUCUUUGUAGGAAAAUAAAGUUACUUUUUUCAAGGAAA